ACCGGGGAUCUGAUCUUCGCCAAAAUGAAAGGUUACCCACAUUGACCAGCUAGGGUUGAUGAAGUUCCAGAUGGUGCAGUUAAACCUGCAAAUGCCAGACUUCCAAUUUUUUUCUUUGGCACUCAUGAAACUGCAUUUUUGGGUCCAAAAGACAUUUUUCCUUACGCUGAAAAUAAAGACAAAUAUGGCAAACCCAAUAAGAGGAAAGGCUUCAAUGAAGGCCUAUGGGAGAUUGAAAAUAAUCCUAAAGUUGAGCUUUCUGAUCCCAAGUUGCAUCCUGCAGAGAGUGGAGAAAACAAUGAACCAAUAUCAGAUAGUGGCCUAGAACUGCAAGAAGAAUCAGACUCUGAAAUAAAACCACCAGAAAAGAAAAGAAGAAAAUCCAUAAAUGUCAAAGACCCUGUAACGAAGGAUAUUCCAGAGACUCCUCCAGUAAAAGGCAAAAGGGGGAGAAAGAAAAAGAGUGAACUACUGGCACUGGCUCAAGCACAGGCCCAAGCCCAAGCGGAGGCACAAGCACAACUAGGACCAGGCAGGAAAAGAGGAGGUACCUGUCAGCCGAACUUUAAGUCCCCCAGUUCCGCCAGUUCCCGAGGUGGUUACACCAAAAAACGUGGUAGAAAACCCAAAGCUGCAAAGUUACUGGCUUCACCCACCCCUGAAAGUGAGAUUGUCGCAGCAGAGUUAAAUAAGAAGAAACAACUUGCAGAGAAGCGUUCUAAACUAAAAAAAACUGAACCAAAGAAGGUUGGGAGGAAGAGAAAGGAAAAAGAGGAACCUGGAACAGGUGAAAAGGAAGGGAUAAAAGAGCCAGAGGUUAAACGAAGAAAAAAUGGAAAAGUAGAGCCUUCACUUGAUGUGCAGAGUGAAACUGAAGAGAAACGAAAGUAUGAAUGGUUUAUGACCAGUACAAAGCGUAAUAUCUUGAAAACUCAACAUGAAACUGUGGAGAUGGAAAAAGAUGAUAGAAGGUGGAAACAAGAUGACCAAAAGCCAACAGAGCCGAGUAAAGAUGAAGGAAAAAAGCCUGACGAGAAGAAAGUGGAAAAGAAGAAAGAUCUAUCUACAGAAUCAAGACUUCAGAGGUUACAUGGAGAAAGUAAAAUCUCUUUGAAAAUUGAUAAUCCAGAUGUAAAGAAAUGUAUUGAAGCUCUCGAUGAACGUGGAACUCUGCAGGUUACAACACAGCACCUACAAAAGCAUAGUGAGCUGAUUGCCACACUGAAAAAGAUCCGCAGAUUUAAAGUAAGUCAGGACAUCAUGGAUAAAGCUACUAUGCUUUACAACAAAUUUAAGACGGUGUUUUUGGUUGGAGAGGGGGAUUCUGUUAUCUCUCAAGUUCUUAACAAAUCGCUCGCUGAGCAGCGGCAACAUGAAGAGGCAAAGAAAGGGGUAGUCAAAAAAGUGGAUCAGGCUAAAGAUCAGAGGACAGAUUCUAAGACAGUAAAUGGAGAUACAACUGGGGAAACGGGUCCUACACAUCAAGACCAAGAUAAAGAGACAUCCGGUGACAAGAAGGAGGAGAGUGCUGGGAAGAUGCAGACUGAAGAGUCCUCUGAAAAGCAGCAAAAAGGCACCGAAGCUGCAUCAAUAAAUUAAAAAUGAACACAGUGUUAGGAUCUUCAAACAGAUGCCCUUAUGGGAGUUCAUUGCUUCAUCAAAGAAGUGAAUGACACCAAUGUGUUUUUUUUUUUUUUUUUUCGUUUUUAUUUUUUUUUUAUAUUGGACCUAUUUUGAAAACAUUUCACAUUGAGUGGUAAUACAUGCCCAUAUUUGAUAGAAAGCCAAAAAUAUGUAAAUCAAGGUUUUAAACCAUGUCUAUUUUAUAUUAAAAUGUGUUUUAAAA